CUUUGAAGAGGAUUUGGCACUAUUGGGUUUGUGUGCUGUUCAAGUGCUGCUGCAGGGAACUGAGGAGAGAGCACGGUCCAGCUGGGAAGCCAGGACAUGAGUUAGAGCUCCAAAAGGAGAUCCUGAGAGGUCAUUGCAUGAAGCUGUGAGGAUGAAGCCUGGAUUGCGUUUUAGAACACGAGAUGAGUCAGAGCCACAGUGAGGAGAUCCUGAGAGUUCAUUGUAUGAGGCUGUGACGGUGAAGUAGGGAUUACCUUUUGAGACCACAAGAUGAGUGCAGUGACCUAUGACGAUGUGCAUGUUUACUUCAGUGUGGAAGAGUGGGCUUUGCUGGAUUCUUCCCAGAAGAAUCUAUACAAAGAUGUGAUGCUAGAGACCUACAGGAACCUCACAGCUAUAGGCUACAGUUGGGGAGACCGUAAUACUGGAAAACAUUGUCAAAGUUCUAGAAGACAUGGCAGGAAUGAAAGAAAUCAUACUGGAGAGAAACUCUCUGAAAAUACUCAAUGUGUUGAAACCUUUGCAUAUCACAAUCAUCUUCAAAUACAUAAAAGAAGGCAUACUGGAGAGAAAUCCUAUGUAUGUAAUAAAUGUGAUAAAGUCUUUGUAUGUCAGAGUCGUCUACAAAGACAUGAAGUAGCUCAUACUGGAGAGAAACCUUAUGAAUGUAAUCAGUGUGAUAAAGCCUAUGCACAUCAUAGUAGUCUCCAAACACAUAAAAAAACUCAUAAUGGAGAGAAACCGUAUAAAUGUAAUCAAUGUGGUAAAGCCUAUGCAUAUAAAAGUAGUCUCCAAAUACAUAAUAGAACACAUACUGGAGAGAAACCAUACAAAUGUAAUCAAUGUGAUAAAGCCUUUACACAAUACAGUAAUCUCAGAGUACAUAAAAGAAGACAUACAGGAGAGAAACGCUAUGAAUGUAGUCAAUGUGGUAAAGCCUUUUUAUAUUACAGUGCUCUCCAUAUACAUGAAAGAAUACAUACUGGAGAGAAACCUUUCGAAUGUGAUCAAUGUGAUAAAGCCUUUUCACGACAGUGUAAACUUCAAAUGCAUAAAAAAACUCAUACUGGAGACAAACCUUAUGAAUGUAGUCAGUGUGGUAAAGCCUUUGUAUGUCAAGAGAGUCUCCAAAUACAUAAAAGGACGCAUUCUGGAGAGAAACCCUAUGAAUGUAAUGAGUGUGGUAAAGCCUUUAUAUGUCAAAGGGGUCUCCAAAGACAUAAAAGGACUCAUACUGGAGAGAAACCUUAUGAAUGCAAUGAAUGUGGUAAAGCCUUUGCACAUCACAGUAGUCUUCAAGAACAUAAAAGAACACAUACUGGAGAGAAACCAUACAAAUGUAUUCAAUGUGAUAAAGCCUUUUCACAAUACAGUAAUCUACAAAGGCAUAAAAGAACACAUACUGGAGAGAAACCAUACAAAUAUAAUCAAUGUGAUAAAGCCUCUUUUAAAAAUGCUCAUCUUCAAGCUCAUAAAAGAACACAUACUGAAGAGAAACCUUAUUAAUGUAGUCAGUGUGGUAAGCUUUUUGCAUAUCAAGAGAGUCUCCAAUUACAUUAAAGGACACAUACUGGAGAGAAACCGUACACAUGUAAUCAACAUGAUAAAGCCUUUACAAAAUACAGUUAUCUCCAAAUACAUAAAAGAAGACGUACUGGAGAGAAACCUUAUAAAUAUAGUCAAUGUGAUAAAGCCUUUGCAUGUCGAAGGAGUCUCCAAAGACAUGAAAGAAAACAUACUGGAACUGGAGAGAUACCAUAUGAAUGAAAUUAGUGUGAUAAAAUCUUUGCAUAUCAAAGUAGUCUCCAAAUAUAUAAAAGAAGACAUACUGGAGAGAAACCCUAUGAAUGUAAUUAAUAUGGUAAAGCCUUUGCAUAUCAGUAGUCUUCAAAAUCAUAAGAAAAUAAUCAUACUGCUGAGAAACCCUAUAAAUGUAGUCAGAGUGGCAAAGUUUUGCAAUUCAUGGUAGUCUUCAUACAAGAGUAAAACUUUGAGUGUGUAAUUGAGCUGUUAAAUCCUGUGCAUAAAAUAUUAAUCUGUGAUGAUCUGAAAAAAAAUAAUACUGAAGGAAAUCUGAUUGUAAAGUAUUGGGUAAGAUCAUUAGCCAACAUAUGUACAUUUAGUUAUUCAAGAUUAUUUAGAGGAAAAAAUCUAGCAAGUGUCAACAGUCUCUUCAGUCAUUAUGAUGUCUUUAUUUUGUUUGUACCUGCAAUCUCACAUAGACAAAAGGCCUAUGAAUUUAAACUAUAAAACAACUUUUAGAUCUCUUCAAUCACAGAAAAAAAAAUCUAUGAGUAAAACUUUAUGGAUAUGUAUUAGUACAUUUUCUGUUGCUGUAGUAAAACAUAAUGCCUAAGUCAACGUAUGAAAGAAUUUAAUUGGCCCUUAGUUCAUGAGAAGUACAGAUCACCAUGAAAGUGGCAUGGCAACAAUUGUCAGACAGGGCAGCUAAAGCAAGAAGCUAAGAACUUACACCCUCAACUUGCACCAUGAAGUAGAGAGUAGGAACUGGAAAUGGUGUAUGGAUGAAAACUCUCAGGCCCACCCCUAGUGACAUAUUUCAUAAGCAUGGCAGCAUUUCCUAAAUCUUCUGAAAUGAUACCACCAACUGAGAAGGAUUGAUUUCUCUGACUUCAAGUCUACAGGCUAAUUUUCUGUUAUGUGAACCACUUCACAAUGAAGAAAAUCUCUGUAAGCCUUUUAAAUGUUUCAAGAUUUGUGUUACUAGAAUGAAUGCUUACAAGAGAAAAGCAUUCAUGAGGAAAAUUUAUUUACAGAUUUUAACUAUGUGAUGUCAGUGUGUCUUUGUGUGAUUAUGUGCAUGUGCAUUCUGGUUCCCAAGAAGGUUAGACCUUUGGAGCUUGUAGCAUGAAUUAUAGGAAGUUGUCAAAAACUUGACUUUGGUCCUAGGAAUGAACUUGUCUUAAUUGUUCAACCAUGUCUCUAGACCUUUAAUAUUUUAAAACCUUUUACUAUCAUCUUGAUAUCAAGAAAUAGGGAAGAACUGAUACAAGAGGAAACCCUAUUCAUGUAUAUGAUUUUUUUUUAAAGAACUUAUACACCACAGUUGUCUUCAGGUUAAAAAAAAAAGAACUUCUUUCACCUCUUUAAUAUCAUAGCCUUGAAGGAAGCAAAUUUCCAUGUUCACACAAGACUGAUGUUCGAGAUCGGUGCAUUGUGGUUCUAUUUUGCAACAUUUGAGAAAACGAGAUUACCUUUCUGUUCCAUGAAGAAGAUGAAAACAGCUGGGUUACUGUUGAGAACAUCCGAGAGAACACCACACACCAAUGAGUAGAAUCAAUAAGAACAUAAUCUUGGCCCUUUUAACACUGACUAGUUCUGCAUUUCUGCUGUUUCAGUUAUACUACUACAAGCACUGUUUGUCACCAAAGGAUGGCUGGUUUCAGAUAGCUGAGAAUAUGGGAUUUCAGUGCUUAAAGACUGAAAGCAAAGAUCCUCGGCUAGAUGGAAUCGACUCACUUUCUGGAACUGAAAUCCCUCUGCACUAUGUCUGUAAGCUGGCCACUCACGCCAUCCACUUGGUGUUCUUUCAUGAGAGGAGCGGCAACUACCUCUGGCAUGGUCACCUGCGGCUCCAAGGACACAUGGACAGAAAGUUUGUUCCUUUUCGAAAGUUACAGUUCGGUCGUUAUCCUG